AUUUUUUCUUAUUGGAUUUUUAUUAAAUUUAAUAUAAAAUUUUGGCGAAAAUUUCAACCAUCGAAUAUUUAGAAAUUUAAUGUAAAAAAAAACAAUUGUGCCUUAAUUACGAAAGCUGCGUCGGAUGAAGCAACCAUUCUAAGUAGGUUGUUAGAUCCCGUACAGGCCAAACAAGUCUCGAAAUCUUUCAAGUUUGUUCUGAACGAAAACAUCCAUAAAUCCACAUAAUGACUUAGUGAAUACUCUAAAGACCUCAAAAUUUUAAAGCCUGCCGGGUAGAAUGAUCAAAAUGUUAUCCCAGAAAUCGAGUUUCAGAAGUGUUUCGAUGAUUAAGGACUAUUUCAAAGGCGACAACAAUAAUUUUAAAGAAAUUUAUUUUUUUAAUAAGCCUGAUACGUGGCAUGGUGUCAGGCAACUUCCAAAGACCCUCAGUAAGUAUCCUAUAUCGAUUUAUGUAUACAUUUCGCGCUGUUUUUAGGGUUAACAUCAAUUUGUUUAUCUCUCCACAGGUUUUCUUCUUGCACACCUUUGUCAGGUCUUUUUUUUAUAAAUAUUUCAUAAUAUAUGAGCUUUGUCUUGUUCAUGUUCAACUAACUUCUCCAACAUCAUUAUAUACAAAAAAAAUAUUUAACCUCGAUAUAUAAGAAUAUAUUCCACCAAGCAACACUAACAAAGAAUCGCUCAUUAUAUCAAAAAUAUUUACAAUAAAAUAGAAUUACUGAGAGAAAACAUGACUUUUCCACACUAGUGCGCAGAAUCCAUCGCGUUUACAUUUUUUUUAAAUAAAAAACAACGAUAAUCAAAUGCUUACAUAUGUAUAUAAUAUGUAAAUGAUAUUUUAGAUGACACGAUAAUCAUGUUUUCCUUCAUGUUAAAUGUGUACUUAGUGCACUUAGAAAACGAUUAAUUAAAUUAAUUAUUUGAUUUCUAAAUAAAUUGCAUCAUUAGAACUAAAUAAAUUUAAUGAAUGAAAAUUAGAGAGCUAAAAUAGUGUCUUAAGCGAAUCAAGUGUGAAUUUUGUACGCUAUGUGCACAUUUAUAAAAAUAAAUUAUAUAGAAGACAGUGGGAGACAAAAAAAUGAGGACAAUCAAUUUUAUAAGAUUAUUUAAUAUUAUGUUAUACCGACAAUUCUCAGAACGGGUGAUCCCAAUUAGACAAUUGCAAUCAAGCCUUUGGUGCUAAGUCGACAAAUUCGAAUAAUACGAGGUGUGUUCAAAAAAUAACGGGAAUUUUCCAAUUGUCAAAAUUUACUGUAUUACUGUAACGAUGCUCUAGCCGCCAUAUUCGCCAGAUAUGGCACAGUGUGACUUUUUCCUAUUUUCAUAAAUAAAGAGAACGUUAAUGAGCCUUCGUUUUAAAUUUAAGGAAUAAAUCGCCGAAAGAGCCGAAGGCAAUGCCAAAUAAAGGAGUUCAGUGUUUCGACAAUUGGAAUAAGCGCCGCUGGAUUAAGUGCAUUAUAUUGAAUGUAUAUUAUUUUGAAGACGACAACAUUAAUGUAGAUGAAUGAAUAAAUAUUUUUUUCAAGAAACAAAACUUCGCGGUAUUUUUUGAACACAUCUCGUAAGAAUUUUUUCUGGAUAGCUGAAGACAAAAGCGGGACAGUCAAACAGACAGUCGUCCAGCCAGAAAGCUACGACAAUAGAAAUUUAGUUAGCACACCCAUUACUAGGAUAAAGAGUCUUACUGAGCUCAAGGAAAAGGAAUAAUAAGGAAAAAGGGGUAAAUAGUUAAAUAUCCAUUUCAGCGGAACUGUUUCCAUCUCAGAAAAAAUUAAAUAGAAAAUACAAGCCAAUUUAUAUUUAUGCCAAGCACUGUACCAUACACACACAUUUAUACUGUAUGGUAUUUUUGAAAACAUCAGUACAACAAAAAUACUACAUGUGAGAUGCCGCUCUAUUUUUAAUUAGUGCUAAGGUUAUUUUUAUUGCUCAGUCAGAAUAAAUGCCUUCAAUAUCUAUUUAAUUAUAGUGUAAAUAAAUAGUGUUUCUUAGCGCAGCUACAACAGUAAAUGUCACAACAAAAACAGCGAGAGAGAGAGUGUGUGAAAGUGCUUAAGCGAUUAGUGAGUGAGGUAUGCUACGACGGGUAUAGGAUAAGAAGAAGAAUCCCAUAUUUGAAUGGAAAUUUUAGGUUUUCAAGAACUAAGUAAAUCUAUGGACAAAAAUUAAUGAAAUUUACGAAUAAAGGAAAAUAAUUUAUUUUAAAUAAUUUUAAACAAAAUAUUUCAGAAAAGUUGUAUAUUUUAUUUAAAGAUCUAUCAUUCAACGAAACAGACUCGAAUUUUUAUCCGACCAAGAACCAUCGAUUCGACAACGAGCUCAAAAAUUACUUCAGAAAUAUUUUCAGUCAAUACAACAAAAACAGCAACAACAAUGAUCAUCAUAUAUCUUUUAAAAAACUUCAAAUACAAAGCUACAUGUAGGGUGCAUAGGUAAAAAUAAACUUACGGCGCCUAAAGAUCUACGCUCACAGAGUCCAAAACAGAAACAAAAACAAAACCAAAAGAAGCUAAUACUCAAAUCUCGACGAUCUAUUAAUUGUACAAAAGAUUGUGUCUCUCCUACCGAAUCCAAAUCAAAGUCAGGAAAAUAAGAUGAAGACAAUCGACACACACAUUUCCCCAAUGGUCAGCGAGUGUCGAGGCAAAUCAAUAGCAAAUAGUCUGCGCCUGUUGUUCAAGCGAAACGCUGGUGAAAAACUAAAUAAAUAAACACUGUAUAAACUUUCUUGCAAUAAGUGAAACGGUCAGUUGCAUUCAAUUUUCGAAAUGGAGAAAUUUAUGACGGGCCGUCCGCAACGUAAUCGACGACAUAGCAGGUGCGUCUGUGUACGCGCUUGGCCGCCAGAGGAUGACCUCCAUCAACCGCGCCUUGUUAAGCGUCUAUUUACGCCCGAGAUCAAGCGCAUGCUCAAGGAUUGGCUUGUGCGCCGGCGCGAAAAUCCCUAUCCAAGUCGUGAUGAAAAGAAACGCUUGGCUAUUGAGACCGGCCUCACAUACACACAAAUCUGCAAUUGGUUUGCCAAUUGGCGACGAAAAUUAAAGAACUCCGAGCUGGAACGCAAUAAAAAGUCUUGGGGUCAUCUCAUUAAGCAUUACAACACCAAUGCACGUGGCAAUGUGGAGCAAUUUAGCAUUUCUUCAGAAGAUAGCAUUUGGGAGGAGGAAGAACUGGAACGCGAUGAAGACGAGGGCAAGCACAGUGAUGACGAUGAAUAUGAAUCACGUGAAGAUGGUAUUUCCAGUGGCACCGAAGGUACUACAAGCUCAACAGGCGGUUGCAGCUACAAUAGUUUUGUGCAGAGAAAGCACAAACUGAGCUGCUUUGUGAAAAAUCAACCAUACAAAAUACGAAAUGUAAAAACUACUGCCAUUGAGAAUACGCAUAAACCGCAAGGCAACACUGAAUUUUAUGGUAGUACAAUAACAAUACAACAACAACCCCAGAUGGUAACAAAACCUAACUCAAGCACCCAUACAGCAAAGUACAAACAGAAAAUGAUGGAGAAGUAUCUGCGCGAUACAAAUGGAACACAUACAACUUCAGUGACGCCACAAUCGAAUGCACACACUGACACUGCUGAAUUCCACAACAAGCAAAACGAUAUCGAAGCGACUGUGCAUAGUGGUGAUGACGGUGAUGGUGUUUGCAAUGGCGAUAAUAAAGCGCUAUCCAAGUGGUUGGAGAGCGCCGCUCGCUUUACACCAGACAAAAACAACUACUUCAUCGAGUGGAAUGGCAAAACCGGCAAAAUGGAACAGAAACAACGCAUAAAACAACUACGCCGCAUCACCAUUGUACCAGUCAACUCAAAUGGCCUCACAAGACGUCCAUCCUUGCACACCUGCCCAACACAAUUAGAAUUAGAUGCCGCCGAAGCGUUGGCAAAUAUGGCAUUUAAUUGUCGACAACGUAUUAUGGAUUGUAAUCACAAUGGUGUGAGCCUACAGACUGUCAAUGCAAUUAGUUCCUAGCAAAUAACUGUAUACUCCUUAAUAAACUUGAACAUUUACAGCAUUCCAGUGUAAAUAAUGGGUGCAAAAGACUAAGCAAAAUUAGAGAAUAAUAUUCCUGACAACAUUAAUGUGUUUAAAAGACAAAGAAAUGAGUGAAAUGAGCGAAUGAAUAAAUGCAAUUAAAAAUAA